UUCUGGUCAAUAUAAAUUUCGAUGUCCACCACGUAUCUAUAUCAAGCAAUAUUAACAAUGUUAAUCCGCUUUGCAAUUUUGGCACUCGCCUGUUAUUCAAGUGUAGACUGUUUCUCUGCACCUAUGGGUAAGAUUAAAUCGUUAAGCAUCACCGACUGCGACGUAUCUGGUCCAGCCGUGGAUGCAAACAUCAAUUUCCACAAUAUUAACGAAAACGGAGACAAAGCACUGGACUUUGACUUGGAUCUACCUUAUGACGCAGAUGGAAGUGAAUAUACAUUCCAAUUAGAUGUGGCCAGAUGGGAAGGUGGUUCAUGGAAGGAAGGAAUUUAUAACGUACAAGGUGAAUUGUGUGACUACUUGAAGAAAUACAUUCCCGGAGUGUGGAACAAAUUAAGGGAAAAUGUUGUACCCCCAAUUGAAGAGGAGUGCGUCGUUCCAAAGGGUCAGUACAAGUUGAGAAACUUUGAGGCUGAGAAGAGUGACAUGAACUUACCGGCUAUUUUAUAUGGAAAAUUCAAAUUAACAUUCAAGAUCUUCAAUCCCAAUGAUGAGGAUAUAAUAUGCAAAGUUUAUGAAGCUGAAAGUACUCAUAUACUGCACGCAAUUUUAGACCAAUAUAAAUUUUGCUGCAGGUUAAUGAAGGAUCUGUAUCCUGCAACAAUGUUAGUUCACCUCGCAAUACUGGGUCUCUUCUUGUUUUCCAGUGGUGACUGUAAGUCAGCACCCAUGGGAAAAAUUAAAUCACUCAGUGUCACAGAUUGUGAUGUGACUGGACCAGCUCUGGAUUUAACCAACAAUUUUCAUAAUAUCAACGAGAAUGGAGACAAAGCCAUUGACUUCGAUUUAGACUUACCGGAUGACUUUGAUGCAACUGACAUAACUUUCAAUUUAGAUGUGGCCAGAUGGGAAGAUGGAGCUUGGAAGGAGGGAAUUUACGACGUAGAUGGGGAACUUUGUGAGUACAUGAAGAAGUACAUUCCUGGUGUUUGGACUAAACUGAAGGAGAAAAUAGUACCGAAAAUUGAAGAGGAUUGCAUAGUACCUAAGGGUAAAUAUAAGAUGACAAACUUCGAAGCUGAGAAGGACGACAUCAAUGUUCCGUCAAUAUUAUAUGGAAAAUUUAAAUUGACCUUAAAGUUAUUCAAUCCCAAGGAUGAAAAUAUAUUUUGCAAAGUUUACGAAGCUGAGAGUACUCAAUGAUGUAUUAACGAAAAAUAAUGAAAUUAUGCUAAUAAAACAAUUAUUUGAAACAUA